AUGCUCUUACAAUCUUCUCUCUCGGAACAUUUCUCAUACACGUAUCAGGCUUCUAAAUCAUUUGAAACGUUUCUUUCCUGGAUCACCAUGACUAGAUCACAACAGCGAUACCGUGGCGUCCGUCAAAGGCAUUGGGGUUCUUGGGUGUCCGAAAUUCGCCAUCCUCUCCUGAAGACUAGAAUAUGGCUAGGCACAUUCGAAACGGCGGAGGACGCGGCACGAGCCUACGAUGAGGCAGCCAGGCUAAUGUGCGGGCCGAAAGCACGAACAAAUUUCCCUUACAAUCCCAAUGAGCCACAAUCAUCUUCAUCAAAGCUUCUCUCAGCUACCUUGGCAGCCAAGCUACAUAAAUGUCACAUGGCAUCUCUACAAGGAACCAAGAAAAACGCAACAAAGCAGUCGCGUCAAGCAUCUUGUACCACAUUUCACCCUAGCCAUGGCAUUGCCGGAAAAACUGUCGAAACCGUCUCGAAAUGGCCGGAGGGGAAUUGGGUUGGUGAGGAAAGUAAAGUGGAGAAUGGUGAUCAUCAGCAGCGUUUCAAGUCACUUGAAGAUCAUCAUAUAGAGCAAAUGAUACAGGAGUUGCUAGAUUGUGGGUCCAUGGAGUUCUGUUCUGUAGGUUCAACAUGA